AGCAUCCAUUCGCAUACAACAGAUUCGUGUUCGUUUCAUAACAAAGUUCGCCCUGUCCGAAUAUCUCUUACGCCACCACCCAACAAAUCUCAGCCGAGUUCAAUGCAAUCCUAGCCGUCGAUUGUAGCCAGUUUCUCAUGGAUACGCCGUCCGAUCGCCGCUGCAAGCGAAGCGCGGGACCGAACAAAUGGCGGUGCAGCGAAACGUCGUCGCCGGGAAAGUCGUACUGCGAGAAGCACAUGGUCCAGCUGAAGCAGCAGACGCAGAAGAGGAAUCAGAGAGACGGAGACGAAAAUAGAGAUUCCGGCGAGAUAUUAGGCGGGAGAGGGGACGCCAGCGGAUCAAAUAAUAAUAAUAAGAAGAAGAUGAACAAGAAGGAGGUGAGCGAUGGAUUGGCUGGGGAAGCGAGCGAGUCCGACUCCCACUUGAAACACAUUUUGACCAAAGAGCAGAAGAACAACUUCUCUGCGUAUAAGAGAGUGAAAGUUGAUAAAGGCGUAACUAAUUCCCAACAAUCUCUGUCUACGUUCAAUAAGGGUGCAGGACAGGGUAAUUCCAGCGAAGGAAAUGGUAAUUCCGGUGAAGGAAAGAGUAAUUCCGAUAAAGGACAAUGGAGGCCCGCUAAGUCCGAGAGUAAAGCCCUGGAGAAGGAUGAGUCCAAUAAAAACAAGAAGGGGAGUUUAAUGUGUCAUCAAUGUCAGCGAAAUGACAAGAGUGGUGUCGUCUUCUGUUCCAACUGUAAUAGGAAGCGUUAUUGUUAUGAGUGCCUUGAAAAGUGGUACCCUGGGAAGACAAGAGAGGAAGUUGAGGAUGCAUGUCCAUUUUGUUGUGGCAACUGCAAUUGCAAAGCUUGUUUGCGGGAGGUUCUGGUUGUGAAGCCUUGCCAUAAGGAACUAGAUGUCACUGUGAAACUACAGCGGUUGCAGUACCUGCUAUAUAAAGUUCUGCCUGUUCUCAGAUGUAUUCAUAAGGAGCAGAUAUUUGAACUAGAAAUUGAAUCCAAUAUACGAGGUGUUCAAUUGACAGAAAUGGAUAUAACAAGAAUCAAACUGGAUAAAAACGAGCGUCUAUACUGUGACAAUUGCAAUACAUCCAUUGUUGGUUUCCACAGAAGCUGCCCCAACCCUAGUUGUUCUUAUGAACUGUGUCUCAACUGUUGUAAAGAACUAAGGGGAGGACACCAGCCUGGAGGUAAUGAAGCAGAAACAUCUCAACAACAGUGUCUAGAAAAAGCUUAUUCUCAAGUUACUGGGAGAGAGGGCUAUAUUAAUGCACAAAUGCAAAGACUUGGGGGUGAGAGCCAAGAGACCCCUGCUUCUAAUGAUUCUAAAGCUCUUAUGUCCUGUCACUUUCCUGAUUGGAGAGCUAAUACUGAUGGUAGCAUUCCAUGCCCUCCAAAAGAGCGUGGAGGUUGUGGUACUGCAAAACUAGAGUUGAAACGCAAUUUUAAAGCUAACUGGAUAAUAAAGCUUUUAGAGAAUGCAGAGGAUCUUACUAGUAAUUACAAGUCGCCAGAUUCUGAUUUAUCUCAAGGAUGUUCUACAUGCCUGUCAAAUAUUUCUGGUGGGAACAAGGAUAUAAUUUCUGAUCUGAGACAAGCAGCGUUCAGGAAAAACAGUGAUGAUAACUUCUUAUACUGCCCGAAUGCUGUUGACAUGGCAUAUGAUGAAAUUGAUCAUUUUCAGAGACACUGGAUGAGGGGUGAACCUGUGAUUGUCAGAAAUGUUCUUGAAAAGACAUCUGGUCUUAGUUGGGAACCAAUGGUCAUGUGGAGGGCUUUUAGAGAAACAGGUGGUAAUGUAAAGUUCAAAGAAGAGACUAGAAGUGUGAAGGCCAUUGAUUGUUUGGAUUGGUGUGAGGUUGAGAUUAAUAUUCACCAAUUUUUCAUGGGCUACUCAGAGGGCCGUGUGCAUAAAGAUGGCUGGCCUGAGAUGUUGAAAUUGAAGGAUUGGCCCUCAUCAACAUUGUUUGGGGAGCGUUUGCCCAGGCAUGGUGCUGAAUUUAUAGCGGCACUCCCCUACAGUGACUAUACUGAUCCAAAAUCAGGUCUUCUGAACCUUGCUACAAAACUUCCUGAUGACUCGCUGAAACCUGAUUUGGGACCCAAAACAUAUAUUGCAUAUGGGUUUUCCGAAGAGCUUGGUAGAGGUGAUUCAGUGACAAAGCUGCACUGUGAUAUGUCUGAUGCGGUUAAUGUACUGACACACACAACUAAGGUGAUUAUUGAUUCCUGGAAACUCAAAUAUGUUAAGAACACACGGAAGAAACAUGCAGUUGAGGACUUUCAUGAACUUCAUGGUGAAAUAGAUGAGGCUGGGGAUGGAAUUAAAGGACAGCUGCUUAACCGAACUCGUGAACAUGAGAUUAUUUCUGAAUGUACAACAAAUGGGAAGUUAAAGACACAAGGCAGACAUCAAUCUGAAGAGAAAAAAUACUGCUCAUCUUAUCAACUUGAAGUUGCUGAAAGGAAUUUUCCCUUGGGUAAUAGGGUCAGUACAAGCUCUUCUCCUACUGCUGAAAUUCGGUGCCUAGCAAAUGGAGUUGAAGCUGAGAAUGAAGGCGUAGUUGAUACAACUGUUCAAGAAUGUGUUCAAUCUUCUAAUGAAAAAGUGACAAGGAAGCUUAAUGAGAAAGAAGCUUUAGGGAUUUCUUUUCCAGGAAAUGAUGGAGUUAAUGAUCCAGGAUCAAAAGAGUCGAGUCCAGACUCAUCAAAGGAUUCUCUUGAAAAUAAUGAACAACAGGAGAUUGGCCAUGGUGGUGCUGUUUGGGACAUCUUCCGUCGGAAAGAUGUUCCUAAGUUGAUUAAAUACUUGGAAAGGCACAAGAAGGAAUUUCGCCACAUCAACAAUAUUCGUGUAAAAUCUGUUAUUCAUCCAAUUCAUGAUCAGACUUUUUUCUUGAAUGAGAGACAUAAGAAACAACUGAAGGAGGAGUUUAAUGUAGAACCUUGGACAUUUGAGCAAUACCUUGGUGAAGCUGUUUUUAUUCCAGCAGGAUGCCCUCAUCAAGUUAGAAAUAGACAAUCUUGUAUAAAGGUCGCACUUGAUUUUGUAUCUCCCGAAAAUGUUGAAGAAUGUGUCCGGUUAACUGAAGAGUUUCGGUUGCUCCCAAAGAACCAUAGAGCUAAGGAAGACAAGUUGGAGGUUAAAAAGAUGACACUAUAUGCUGUAAGUUGGGCUGUGAGAGAAGCCAAAAGUCUCAUGUCAAAUCUCGAUAAAUCGAACCAAGAGAAAGACUAAGACCACCAGUUGGAGCCAAAACCAGAUACAGGAAAAACUAGGAGCACCAGUUGGGGCCAAAAAAUAAAACCGGAUGGUUUUCCUGCCACUAUUUGUGAAGAUGCAAAACCACAGUAUUAUUAUUAUGCUGUUGUACAAUAAUAUUUUUAAGGAAAUAAAAUAGUUAAUGUUAAAAUAAAAUAGCUCAAGAACAUAUUGGUUAAUUGGCUAUAUUAUAUAUAUGGACAUGGGCAUAUACUA